AGGCGAGGCCUCCGGGGACGCCGACCUCAGGUGCCCACCGGGACUCCUGUCCGGGCCCCGCUGCAGCUCGCGUCCCCCUCCUCGGUCUUCUGCUGCCCGAUGUCGGGGGCCACAGCGAUGAACCUCCUGGAGGACUGGUGCCGGGGGAUGGAAGUGGACAUCCGCAGGUCCCUGCUGGUCACGGGCAUCCCCGAGGACUGCGGCCAGGCGGAGCUCGAGGAGAAUUUGAACGGGGUCCUCGCCCCCCUGGGCACAUACCGCGUGCUCAACAAGAUAUUUUUGAGGGAAGAGAAUGUCAAAGCGGCCCUCAUCGAGGUGGGCGAGGGUGUGAACCUGAGCGCCGUACCCCGAGAGUUCCCCGGAAGGGGUGGCGUCUGGAAGGUAGUCUGUAGGGAUCCCACCCAGGAUGCUGAGUUUUUGAAAAACUUGAAUGAAUUCCUGGAGGCGGAGGGGCGCACCUGGGAAGAUGUGGUCCACCUCCUCCAACUGAGCCACGCCCCAGCCCCCCAAAGUCCAGACCAGAUCUUGGAGAACUGGGCGGAAGCCUUGGGGGUGCUCCUGGGAGCUGUGGUGCAGGUCGUCUUGUGCAUGGAUGCUGAGAUCCGCAGCGGGGAGGAAGCUCGAGCUCAGGAGGCCGCUGAGGCGGAGGAGGGAGCAGCGUGGGCUUUGGCAGCAGGGAAGAUCAAGAAGGAGCCGGGCCUUUCCACGGAGAUGGGCUCUGCCUGCAAGAGGGAGACGUCCACCCGCUGGAAGGGCAUGGGAGACCAGGGUGACCCUCCCGAGCCGGUUGUUCGUAGGACUGGAGCUGAGACUCGCUCCAGGAAAAAGAAGCAGAAGAAAAACCCCAAGCAGCAACCAAUGCUCUGGAAAAAACCCAAAGGCAGCCCUUGCAGCGGCUCGGCCUGCUCAGAGGGGCCUGAGGCUGGUGAAAGUAUAGAGAUCUCAGAGAACCACAGGAGCCACAGGAAGCCCUGUGCGAGGCAGGAGGAACAGGCUCCGAAGAAGCGAGUGGAGACAAGGGCCUGGAAGGUUCCCAGACAGCCCCCUCAGGAUGCCCUGGGGGGAGCUGAGAGCCCUGGAGGCGCCUCUGCGUCAGACCAAGAUGGUGGUCAGGGGAGGCCGCCAAAGAAGAAGGCUGAGGGCUGGGCCUCGGGAAAGAGCCUCACCCCGGUGAGGAAGAAGAAGAAGGUGAGCCUGGGCCCUGUCUCCUAUGUCCUUGUCCAUUGUGAAGAUGCCAAGAAAAAGCCGAUGAUGCCGAAGAAAGGGCUAAACUCCAGAAGGGGUGCGUCGGCUGAGAAGGUCCUGUGUGGCCCGAACCCCGCUGCGGUGCCAGCCUCGACGUCCAGGGGUCCGAAGGCCAAGCCUGCAGGCUCUGCUAGGGCCUCCAAGGAUUCCAGAAAGCUCUGAUUGCAAGGACCACCGCAGGAGUGAAGGAAGACCAAGGAAGAAGCCCCAAGCUGGGAGCAAAGGUUUCGCUUGCUGUCACAUGGGCCAAGAGUGUGGACUCUGAGGGACCCAGCGUGUAGGGCUGUGGCACAGAGGUCAAUGGUAGGAGACGGUGUGUAUGCGUGCGGUGAGAGUGGGGAGGGGAGGUGUCUCUGCCUUUUUCUCUGCCAGGUCUCCUCCUCACCUCAGCCUCAGAGGCGGGAGAGUUGGGAAGUGGCCUGGGAAAAUUCUAGAACGUUCCCCAUUGUCAGCCUUUCUCCACAGUCUCCUGACCUUCAGGGCCUGCUGUUUGAAGAACAGGGCGGCCACUUGCUUCCUUCCAGCCUCCUUGUGCCUCCCCAGUGGGUUAGUUAAGCCUAGAUCUUCCCUGCAGGCGUGGUGGUCUUGUUCCUUCAGUCCUGACUUCGGUCCUUCAGUUGUCCCGCUGGAAGCUUAGGUCCUAAAAGUUCUGGAAAAAAUGAAUGUCUGCCUCGUACUUGAAUGAGUAGUUUCAGGGUCUGUUAAUGAAAAUGGCAGUUGGAUCCCCUUUUGGGGUGACGCCUUCUCAGGAAGCCUGUGGGGAAGAAGAUAAUUGGAUCCGAGCGAGGUGGCACACACCUGUAAUCCCAGCACUCGGGAGGCUGAGGCAGGAGGAUCGCUGUGAGUUCGA